AUGGAGGAGACGGAGGAGGGGAGGCAGAAAAAUAGGCGCCUUGCAGCGGUAUUAGUAGUGGCAGCGUCCGGCAGUGGAAUGUGUGGAGAGAAAGGCGUGACCGGGAGAAGGGCUGAGAUUGGGGGUUGCAGUGUGGGGGCGCUGUCGACGGUCUCAGCGGGAGGCAGAGCCGUCAGCCCAGACGAGCGACGAGAGGACGAGAGGACGAGACAAGAUGACAAGGUAAGACGACAAAGGAUGUAUCCGCCACAGGAGUUGAGGAUAGUAUGGUAUAUAUGGUAUAUAAUACGGAGUGGUGGGAGCAGCAAUGAGUCGUGA